AUGGAGCAUGUAUGUUCAAAGACAUCUUUAAGCGUCGCAUCCACGCAGAUAAACGACGAAACAGAACACGAACAUGCCGAUGAAAAUAACGGGUACUUGCGGGAAGAGCCAGUACACCGUGGACCGAACGAUGUUCGCAGAAUGCUGCUCGAAAAGAACAAAGAAUCAAUUGGGCUUCUUUGGAAGCUCGGCCUCAUUGACGACGAAGACACCAAAUCUCCUCGUCGGGCAGGGUGCUCCCCGAAUCAGACUCACUGGGAGUUUGAUCUAUCCCGGCUUGUACAGGAGAGCCCUGCGAGUCUCGCUAGAAUGCUCUCAGAUGAAAGCUUCCAAAAGUUCCGAAGUAUCCCAUAUGAAGAGUUUGUACGCAAGGCAUUUGGGCUUUCAUCAGAGCACAUUGAUGAUUUCCUUUGGCACUACGAGCUCUUCGCCUAUAAAUUGUAUGCCAAAUUGGUCAAAGAGGCAGCCAAUCCUUUGUUUCAUGUGAAAGAAGCUAUGGAAGCAAUCGAUGCUGACCCCUUCAUCUGUGCCGCCGUUGAAGAUGGCUGCCAAAAAUUGAGCACCCCGGGUGAGAAUACGGAGGGACCGAAACCGAGACUGGAUGCAAGACUCAAAGAAUCACUCUGCCGUGUGGUCAACCCACUGAAGAAAGUCCUCUCAGAGCCGGAAACUACACAAAGCAUACUGCAAAAGUUAGAAGUCUUGAGGUUUUGUUUCUAUGACUUUUAUGCGCCCCUUGCUGUUGAUUGGCACUCAGCACUUGAUACCAGCAACGAAUUUUUGGAGCAGAUCCGAUGGUUUAAUAUCUCCGCCCUCGCAGAAGGCAUUUCGAGAAAGGAUCAAGCUCUAUUUUCGGAGUACGUUGUUCCCGCUUUUACUAAAGAGGGUCAACCAGCGCGGCGUAUCCUGAACACACGAUGGAACCAUCUCGCCAAUGCAGUCAAGCGAAUUAUGGACGCUGAAAUUGGGCUUUCCUCUCGUAUUGAUGAUCUCGCCGAAUCGCUCCAUCGUCUCCGCAAUAACUAUUCUCUAACAGCCGUUGUCCAAGGUGUCAAUGCAAGUCGCUUCAAGACACAGGCCCUCACCAAAUUCGGCCAACUUGUCAACCCAAACAAUGAUUACCAGUUUUACCGACGUGAGAUGAGCUUAGAUGGUAUUUCACAUGACAAUGCUCUACAUUUUCUUCAUCCGGCACAGAUCAGCUUCACGCAAAACGAUAUGACUUGGGCGAACAUUGUCGUGGACGAUGCUGCAUUCUACAUCGUGAGGGCUGACCAACAAAGCUCCCAGAUGCAGUUCAGCCCCUUGAACCUCGUGGAAGCUGUGGAAGAUAAUACUGGAUCCAGGGGAGACGAUUAUACAUCCUGUGGUCUCUCCUAUUUCAGUACCUUCUUCGCUUGUUUCCGGUGUUAG